CAUCUGCAACAUUUCCCUUGCUAUCUUUCCAGGUUUGUAACAAUAAAUAUUUAAACUCGUCGUUUAAAUUUAGCCGGGAAUCUAAUUUUUCAUAACCGGGUUUGUGAAAUGUGUUCCUGGUUGGCGAUAAAUUGGAUCUUGACGGAAAUUAGCGAAAUUCCUGUGCAAGUUUCAGGGAAACUAUUCGGGUAAUGGCGGCGGGAGGGGAGGCAGGUGCAUGUGCAUUCGUUUGUUUGCUUUUCGCCCAAUUAGCGCUCGGGUUUUUGAGCGUGCUAAUGGCGGGAGUAGGGGAGGCGUCCGCGCGAAUUGUAAUCAAGUCUCUAUAUGACGUGUACAAAUCCUUAAUCUGCAUUCAUUUGCAUGGAACGCCGGUCUUUAAGUUGAGAUCCAGGCGCUCACCCACCAUUCAAUUUGCAAUGUAGUGUAUGUAAAUCCCCGAAUUAGUUUAAUCAAGGCCGUGGAAGGGAAUAGAAAUUAUGAUGUCUUUUGCAGCAGCAAUAAUGCGAGAUGCAGUGGCGCCGGUGUUGGGGGCGGUCCUUCUGACCUGUUACAGUCUGCAAGCAACGCUGGCCCUCUCCGAUGAGACGCCGCUGAAAUCAAGCAACGACAAUCCACAGAUCGAGGACGAGAUGUCGAAACGAGACUGGAACAAGGACCUCCACAUUUGGGGCAAGCGUGGCUGGAACAACCUCCACGAGGGCUGGGGUCGCAAACGCAGCGUUCCCGCCUGGGAGGAGCAGCAGGAGAAGCGAGCUUGGCAGAGUCUCCAAAGCGGCUGGGGCAAACGUUUCGCCCCCGAGGACGAGUACGCCAUCAGACAACUUGCUGCAAUGCUGGACUCACAAUACGACGAUUACAAUCCUGAAAUCGAAACGAACGACGACGAAAAACGAAACUGGGGUCAAUUCCACGGCGGCUGGGGCAAGAGGAGCAAGUGGGACAAUUUUAGGGGAUCGUGGGGCAAACGCGAACCAGCCUGGUCAAACCUCAAGGGCAUCUGGGGGAAAAGAAGCGGCGAGAAAUAAAUGUCGUAGAUUAGGAAUAUCUCAACAUCCAAAUAUUUAUUUAUUUUGAGGAUUUAUUGUUGGGUGAUACUUAUAAUCAUUGUACUGUAUUAUAAUGUUACUAUUAUUAAGGAUUCAAAUGCGUUGCGUAUUUUUGGGAACAUUUGUAAUUAUACCUAACUAUUAUGUAUGACACUGUAAUUAUUUAUGUGAGGAAAAUAAAUCUGUAUCUAAGCAUUUGUACGCUUUUUCGGCCGAACUCUUGACCCCUUGUUCCUGCCACACAAUGAAGAUUUCACCGAUAAGCACAACUGGCAGAUCGUCAACUAACAAAACCUCCACUUGAUCCCACACAAGAAGCCAUAACUUUUUGUGCCGAGCCUUUUGUAUUUGAUGCGAUUUUUAUUUUUAUUGAUACGGACGUUUUGAGUUCACAUUGCAUAUCAUCUUGAAUUUAUCCAGAAAACGUUAUUUCACUGAAGCACAAUGCAAAGAAUGACGGACAUUCGGACGUAAGA